GUUGCUCCUCGUAAAAGCUACCGCCAGUUCUUUUCCCUUUCAUUGCUUUCUCCUCUCUCCCAGUAUUUGACAUGGUUUUUGCUUUCAGUUGGCAGCUCUCAAAACUAGCUGGUUCAGGUUCCCUCCUAUUUUUCUAGUUCAGAAUGGCGUUUGCAAUAUUAGCCCAAUGUUUAAACCUUCUAUUAUGUGCCUUGCUACUGCUCAAAACAGAAGGCUUUAAUGUAGGAAUUACUUAUGUCCAGAAUGCAGAACCAAAAGGAGCUGUUUGUUUGGAUGGAAGUCCGCCAGCUUACCACUGGGAUAAGGGAUUGGGUGCAGGAAUGAACAAUUGGUUGGUUCACUUUGAGGGAGGUGGAUGGUGCAACAAUGUCACCACUUGCCUUUCUCGUAAGAGCACUCGUCUAGGUUCAUCUAAGGAAAUGGUCAAGGAAGUUGCUUUCUCUGGCUUGCUGAGUAAAUAUCAAAAGUUUAAUCCUGACUUUUACAACUGGAACAGAAUCAAGGUUAGUUACUGUGAUGGGGCAUCAUUUACAGGUGAUGUGGAAGCAGUCGAUCCAGCAACUAACCUUCACUUCAGAGGAGCAAGGGUUUGGCUUGCUGUCAUUGAGGAUCUGUUAUCCAAAGGAAUGAGAAGUGCUGAAAAUGCUAUUAUCUCCGGUUGUUCGGCUGGUGGAUUGACUUCUAUUUUGCAUUGUGAUAACUUCAGAGCUCUUGUACCUAUAGGUGCUAAAGUUAAAUGCCUGUCGGAUGCUGGUUACUUUAUCAACACGAAGGAUGUUUCUGGAGCACAACACAUUGAAGCAUUUUAUAGUGAAGUGGUUGCGACACAUGGUUCAGCGAAGAAUUUACCUUCUUCAUGCACCUCAAAAAUGAGACCUGGGUUGUGUUUCUUUCCCCAAAACAUAGUACAGCAAAUCAAAACACCAAUAUUUCUUGUAAAUGCAGCCUAUGAUUCAUGGCAGAUAAAAAACAUUUUGGCGCCUGGUGUUGCUGACCCCCAUGGCUACUGGCAUAGCUGCAAACUUGAUAUAAAGAACUGCUCACCCACUCAAUUAACUACCAUGCAAGAUUUCAGGAUGCAAUUUUUAAGGGCGGUGAAUGGACUGGGUACCUCUUCAUCUAGUGGAUUAUUCAUAGACUCUUGCUAUGCCCACUGCCAAACCGAAAUGCAGGAGACAUGGUUAAGGGAUGAUUCUCCAUUGCUGGCUAGAACAACAAUUGCAAAGGCAGUUGGAGACUGGUUUUAUGACCGAAGUCCAUUCCAAAAGAUAGAUUGCCCUUAUCCUUCCAAUCCCACUUGCCACAACCUUGUUUUCGAUUCUAACGAACACUUGCCAAUGAACAGGUCAUGGGUUAAUCUGAUAACUACUAACUCAUCUGACUACAAUGCAAAUGACAGAUCGUGUACACAACAUAAUAUACAUCAAAGUUCCAAUUGCACUUGUAUAAGGAACUCUAGUCAUCUCUUUCUUUUCCUCAUCAUUCUUAGGGCAAUGUUCUAGACUCAAUGUAUAACCCUUCUCAAUUGGAGUGUCUAUGGCUUUAAA